ACAAGACAUCCCUCCGGCCCUUCGCCUCCUGCGUUUUCCAAAAAUCCUAACGCCAAGCGCAACGCAUGCAUCUUGAAAUUGAGACCGCAUGCUUUGUACACAAUCUCAAUCAUCACAAAAAAAGAUGCCCCUGAAAUAUCCUAUAUUAUCUCCUUACUCUCUUGGCAGCAGCGGAAGCACAGGUGAGAAGCCUUUCUCGUUAUUAGUUUCCUAGUUUCAACCCAUUAAGGCAGAAACGCCCUAUUGAGUAAUCACUAAUCACGGCCAAACCUUGCCUUCUUUUCAAGUUCGUCGUCGGCGUAAUCUUCAGGUUGUCUUGCGAACCCGGUAAAAUCUGUUUUCUUGUACUUUGACUCUCGACACUGGCGCCUUCCCCUUCUUCCUGCGGACGCCAGCUCCUCAUUGUUCCUAUAUUGGAGCUCAGAUCUUUAACUGUGUCAAUUACAGACAGGGUGCGAUUUCUGAAGAUAUAAUCAAAGGAUUUUGGCGUUAAUUUAUAAUAUUCUGUUAUCCUCUUCUAUUGGCAAAAUAACUACGAGAUGGAGGAAUGGGAGGAUGAGCAUAUUCCGCCUCUUAAUUUGAAAGAGCAACCAAAAAGUAAAUGGGAUGAUGAAGACGUGGAUGAAAAUGUUGUGAAGGAAUCAUGGGAGGAUGAAGAUGAACCUGCUUCGGCACCUCCACCACCUUCAGUAAAACCUACUGAAAAGGCUCCACAAAUAUCUUCUGAGAAAGUUAUUAACAAGAAGGGGAAGAAAGUUGCAAUAGAAAAGGAAGAGCCAUUGGAUCCAUUGGCUGAAAAACUUCGUCAACAAAGGCUGGUUGAAGAGGCAGAUUACAAGACAACUAAAGAAUUAUUUGGCAGUAGAAGUGAUGAAAAGAACCUCGAUAAUUUUAUUCCCAAAUCUGAGAGUGAGUUUUUAGAAUAUGCAGAGCUUAUCUCACACAAGCUUCGUCCUUUUGAGAAAAACGAUCAUUACAUGAAUCUAUUAAAGAGAGUGAUGAGAUUAUCAAUGACUUCUUUAAAAGGAUCAGAAGCAAAAGAGAUUGCCUCAUCUAUCACUGCUAUUGCAAAUGAGAAGAUAAAAGCAGAAAAAGAAGCAAAUACUGGUAAAAAGAAGACAGGAGCGAAGAAAAAGCAGCUGCUUCUUGACAAACCUGAUGAGGAUUUGGUUUCUGAUCCAUAUAGUGCUCUGGAUGAUUAUGAUUUUAUGUAAAUGUGGUUUACCCUAGUCCCAAAAAAAAAAAGAGAGAGAGAGAGAGAGAGAGAAAAUUGAGUGCCAUAGUUGAAUAAUAACUCACGGGAGAGCAUAAGGUCUUCUAUCUAUAGCUGUCAGUUUUGUCACUUGCUAGUCUGAUGUUCAUUACCCUUCAUUUUAAAUACUCACCAUAUGAUACGAACAUAGAAAUUUAUACAACUCCUUUUUUGAGCACA